UCUGUUGGAGAGGGAAGGGAGAAGGGAAGGGGAUGGGAAUGAGUCUGGGGUAGGUAGAACUGCUCUGCCAGGAGAAGAGUAGGUAAGGUGUACCGUUUCGAGGUCGAGCCGCCCGAGGGCUUGGUCUUCUUGAGGGAUCCUUGGACCAUUUUUCUGUUUGGUUGGUUUGGUUGGGUACACUGCCUGCAGCGAUGGGUUUGAGAUGGAAUUUGGGGAGGGGGUUGCGAGGUGCUGUGGUUGCUGGGUUGGGAUGUGGAUGGGAAAAAUUGCUUAUCGCUGGAGUCGAUCGAUCUUAUCUGUCACGUGAGGGUAGGUGGUUUCUUGCGGGCUUUUGGUUGGUUUGGUCGCUCCGUUGGAUACAUACAUACAUUCUCUUGCCCAUGGGUUUAGUUGGGGGUUUGGUUUCUGUUGGGUUGUACUUUGGCCAUGGGUGCUGUAGACUUAUUCGAGGGGGGUUUGGCGCUGCGAUUGAUGAUGGUUUUGUCCGUGAUGAUCCAUUUGCACAUUAAAUUGGGUUGGGUGAGGACAUUCCGUUGUAUAUUAUUCAACAGGUCUAAGGGGGAAAGUUCCUGGGCAGCGAGCGAUGCACAAAUAUCCUCUUCAUAAGAAAAUCAGCAUACACUAUAC